UGUUAUUUGUUAUUUAUUGUUUGUUUUCUGUUCUGUUAUAAAUAGAACAUAGUUUUUUUUACUGUUAUAUUACUGUGUUAUAAUAGACAAUUAUGGCUGAAUUUUGCGACAUACGCAAAUUUCUAAUUAUUUUUUGUGCUAUAGUCAAAUUAACUACGUCAACGUAAUUUACCAUCUACUUAAAGGCAGAAACACACAAACAUUUCCUUAUAUACAACUAUAUAAACUCAGGUGUUAAAGGGUGUUAUUUGUUAUUAUUUCAUUAUUUUAUUAAUUACAAUUAUUGUUAUUUAUUAUUAUUUUGUAUGUUGAUUGUUAAGUGUUGGUAACACUGUAAGGAAGGAAAAAAAUCAAAGAAGGAAAAAGUUUCUUUCAUACUGCUGCUCAGGUUUUAUUGACAACUCCAUGUAGGUCAUAUUUCUGCAGUAUAAUGGCUUUUUACACAUUUAUAUUUAUAUACAUGUAAAUUAAUUAUGUUCAGUAAAUAACAUUCAACCAUUUUAUCAAAGUGUGCGCGCAGCGUAUAAUUUUAUUUUAUACUCAUCUCACAGCUAGUGAAUGAAUACAUUGUACACUAUUGUUGGCCUAGCCCCGCCACCUCUCUUGCUCACCAUCAUGGCGGACUUUCUGCUCCAUAGCGUACUAGACUCCGGUCCAUUCAUUUGCGGUCUAACACCUUUUGGCAGUCCCAUUUUAACUCUAGUGUCCUUGAUUUAAACCAUACAAGAGGAUACGUAUGCGUGUAUUUUACGAAUGAAGUUUGUCCCUCCUGCCUGUCCGUAUUGGCGGCAGCUGCACUCCGCAUAUUUGACAACAAAUUGUCAACUAGUUGUUGCCUUGCUUGAACUCUUCGAAGUUUGUGUCCAGGUGGUUGUCAUGGACGACAUCACCCGCCUGGUGUCAACGGGGGACUCUAUCAAGAUCUGGGAUGCCGCUUCCAUGGCGCCACUGGAGCACUUUAACCCACACAGGAGCAGCCAUCCAGUGUCCCAAGCCUGUUGGAGCUCCAACAACCAGUAUUUAGUCAGUGCCAGCAGCAGUGGUGACAAAGUGGUCCUUUCCAGCCUAAAGUCGUCACCUGUUCCACUGGUGGAACUGGCUGAGGGGAAAAGACAAACACGUGUGUGUCUCAGCACAUCUUCACAGUUUGUGGUCAGUGGAGGUCUGGACCACUGCGUCCACAUCUGGGACCUGAAGACCAAGAGACUGCAGCGUUCCCUCAAGGAGCACAAAGAGGAGGUGACGUGUGUGUCCUUCAACGCAAAUGACAGCUGCAUCGCAUCAGGAUCUACAAGUGGAGAUCUUGUCCUCCACAGUCUCACAACCAACAUGUCCAGCAAAGCCUUUGGACACGGCAGCCAGCAGCCCAUCCACGACCUGCGUCUGUCCACACUGAAGCGCUCCCUGCUGGGCAGUGUCUCAGACAGCGGCACGUUGGUCCUUUGGGACGCAAACACGCAGAAGGAGCUGCACGUCUUCGACAGCGCGCACAAAGCGCCGGGCUCAGGCAUUGCCUUUUCUCCAAUCUCUGAGCUGCUGGUUGUCAGUGUGGGUCUGGACAAGAAGAUUAUAUUCUACGACACGAACAGCAAGAGUGAGCUACAGUCCAUCCGUGUGGAGAGUCCGCUGACCUCAGUGGACUUCACUCCGGAUGGUUCCGGUCUGGUUGUCGGGUCCACUCAUGGUAAAAUCUUCCAGUAUGACCUGAGGAACAGCAGUGCCCCCAACAGGAUCACCAUGGCACACAAAACUUCUGUCACCUGUCUGCGUUUCCAGAGUAACAGCAGCAGACAUAAGUCCAGCAAAAUGACAUCAUCCAGGGUCUCCAGCACCAAAAGAUCCUCCUCCAAAGUGACCAGCAGCCAUAUUGCCUCUGCCCCCACCACAAACUCCUCCCCUCAAAUGCAGACUAGUGCAGAGGGCGCUGGUGCCAAGGUUGCCAAUCAUGAGGACGGGCAGAAAGGGGCAGAGCAUCCUCCUCUGAAGUUCAGCGGCAUUGGACGAAACAGUCUGGACCUGUUCUCUCCUGCCCGAGAAGAUGCAGGCACCCAGCUGGCCAGCGCUGAGGAGACGUUUGGACCGGCUCACGUAACAAUGGCAAGCAGAGAAGGAGAAGGGCCUCAGGUGUCAGGCCGUGUCAGUCUGGACAUCUUCUCUCCCGUCAGAGAAGCUUCCAUUUCAGAAUCUGGUCUCGGCUCGCUCCGGAAGACGCCGUUGUUGGCCUCAGCGGAUCGAUGCUACAGUCCGCUGUCCAUCUCCCAGACGCCCACCAUCAAGGAGGAGGAGCCCGCUGAAGCGUGUGACCUCAGAAAGACCAGUAGCUCCAGUCUGGAGGGAGACGAUCAGACUCCACCCACCUCAACCCAGCAGACCAAUCUUAGCCAGCCGGCCCCGCCUUUCUUCACUCCAGAGCCCAGCCUCAGGAGAGCCAAUUGUGUUCAAGCUCAGCUCGACUACGACUCGCCUUUCCAAAGAGCCCCGCCCACCCUCGCCGCAGGUGCGUCUGCGGCAGCAUCUCUCACAGCCAACAUUGCUCAGGUGGCAGUGCAAGGCGGAGCCGCUCCCCUCACCUCCCUGCAGAUCCACUUCAUCCAGAACAUGAUCCACGAGACCCUGGAGGACUUCAGAGACACAUGUCACCGAGAUAUUGUCAACUUGCAGGUGGAGAUGAUUCGCCAGUUUUACAUCCAGCUGAAUGAGAUCCACAGCCUGAUCGAGAGGUACUCGCUGAACGAGUCCCUGGUGGAGGAAAUCGAGCGCCUCAAGGAGGAGAACCGCCGCCUCAAGACCAACUUCUGAUGGACCGGUCAGCAUGGUAACAUAGCCAAGCUGGUGGACGACAGCUGUCGAAGUCCCAACAUACACCUGUGGAAGGUGGGCACGCUAAUGUGGAAAGACUGGAGACUUUGAGAGAUAACUGAAGAGUCAUGACAAAAAAUCAGUUUGUUACGUGAAAUAAAAGUGAUGCAGCCUCA